AUGUGCUCCGACCUACGUAGCUGGCCGGUUUUCGGUUCACUGGAGCCGGAAUUCAUUUCCCAGAUUCAUAUGGUUAUGGUAUUUGGUAAAACAUUUGGUAAUAAGGCUUUAAUUGUGACGAAGGACAAGACAGUAUACAUCCUGGAUGAAAAUCUCCAUGAUUGUUUGGAAACUGGAUAUGAAACCUCUGGGCCAUAUCUGAAGGAGAUUGAGGACUUGUGUGGAAAAGAUAUAAAGACGUUCGCGUAUGGCAUGGGACCUCACAUUUUAGCACUCACGAAUGGAGGAGAGGUAUAUUCCUGUGAUGACGUUAAUGGUCAAUCGGAGAAUGGGACAUGUAAUAAGGUUCUCGCAUUUACUUUAAUGAACGUGCCUACUAUUGAAGACAGCCAGAACGUGAAGCAUGUUGUGGACAUCGCGUGUGGCUAUUACCAUUCCACUAUUCUAACCGAGAAUGGCGAAGUGUAUGCUUGGGCAUCAAAUAAUAAUAGCCAAGUGGGUAAUAGUACCAAUUUUCUUUCGACAACACCUAAGCUUGUUUUGUCUAAUGUUGUUUGUAUCUCCUGCGGUGAUAACUUCACCAUGGCUGUUACCAGAAAUGGCAAAGUAUAUGGUUGGGGUAGUAACGACUUUGGUCAGCUAGGGAUAGACAACUAUGGGAGUAAAAAUGCGACGUCGCCAAAUCUUAGUAUGACAAACAAUAUUUGUGGCAGUAUACUCAUUAUUCAGAUGGGGCCAGCCGGGGGCAGUUUCGAGAAUAAAAAUAUAACGCCGCAGUUGAUUGGUAUGCCGGAAGAUCUUGUUGUAGUCAAGGUAACUUGCGGAUUAAAUCACACGCUGGUGCUUACAGACAAAGGUAACAUCUACGCCUGGGGCGCGAAUAAUUUCGGCCAGUUAGGAAUUGGUAACAAGGAACUGGGAUCCAGCAAACCAGUAAUGGCCAAGCAAAUGGAAAAGACGAGAUGGAUCGACAUUGCAGCUCUAAACAACAGUAGCAUCGCUGUCAAUGAAGCAGGACGUGUCUACGUUUGGGGUGAUUGCCGCGGUAAGAGUAUCUUGACUCCAACCGGCACUUCAUCCUUCAACGUGCACGACGCGCUUGCACACUAUGGGCCGAGCAUUAUGCACAAACCGUUGAUUCUGGACGAAGAGCUAGACAUAUUGGGAUGCUUGGGAAUUGCAUUUGAUGAUUCUUCAACGAGCGACCUUAAAAUACAGGUGGAGGACAAAUGUAUCCAUGUACACAAAGCUAUCUUGAAAAUUCGCUCUUUAUACUUCAGAAAAAUGUUUGAGCAUGAUUGGGCAGAGAACAACCAAAGUGUCAUUAAGAUUAAUGAAUUUUCUUACGUGGUGUACGAAGAAUACCUGAAGUUCUUAUACACCAAUAUAAUCAGUUUAUCUUUUGAGAAGAUCUCAGAACUUUUUGAUUUGGCCAUCGCUUAUUGCGAGAACAACCUCAAGAAACAUUGCAUUCGUAGAAUAAAGCAAAGAAUUACUAUAUCGAACGUUGCCUAUUUUUAUAGCUUUGCAGUGAAGUAUGACAUAGAGGAACUAGAAGAAUUUUGCGUCCAGUUCGCUGUUAGUCACAUGAUGGCUGUGACGCGCACGGAAAAUUUCGCCAAGCUAGACCAGAAUUUGAUGAAAACAUUUAUAAUUAAGGCGAGCGAAGCUGGCUGUUUCAGGAACUAAUUCCGUCUGUUUUCCUCAAAGAGAUAAUGCAACUCAACGAGAAAUGGAUGGAAGUCGUCAGUAUGUUUGUUGCUGCGUACAAACUCGCCAU